AAAUUAUAUAUGUUAUUUGGGAUUAUUUCUGGACUACAAGAUAUUCAUUAUGUAAAUCUUAUACAUUGUGAUUUUCAUGAUGGUAAUAUUUUACUACAUAAAUACGUAACUGGUAAAGUUAAAGUAUUCAUAAGCGAUCUAGGCUUAUGUAGACCUAUUAAAUCAUCUUUAAAAAAAGAUGACAUUUAUGGUGUUAUACCAUUUAUGGCUCCAGAAAUUUUAAGGGGUAAUUCUUAUACUAAAGCUAGCGACAUAUAUAGUUUUUCUAUGAUCAUGUGGGAAUUUAUAUCUGGAGUUCCACCUUUUAAUGAUAAAGACCAUAAUCUCCAACUUAGUUUAGAUAUUUGUAGAGGUGAACGCCCAGAAAUUCCCAAAGGCAUCCCACAAUGUUACACUAAUUUAAUGAAAAGGUGUUGGGAUGAAGAUCCAAAUGAAAGACCAUCAACAUCCGAGGUUUUUAAAACAAUUAGG